AUGGCCGGGGCCGCCUGCGCGCUGGACCGGCGGAGGCCUGCCGGGUGCUGCCUCGCUCCCACAGCGCUGGAGCCGGGCGCCUGGGAGUGCAGCGUGGACGGCGGUGGGUGGGUGCCGUACGAGUGGCCGGUGAGCUCGCUCCUCGAGCAGGCGUUCUGCCAGCACCAGGAGGGCGUGGAGUUCUGCCUCCUCGGCCACCAGUACCGGGUCCGGUUCCUGGAGGCGCGCGGCGACGGCGCGCACGCGGCCUCCCAGCUCAACGUCAAGACAGGCAGGGUGCGGGAGGUGCGCCGGUGGCCAAGCAGGGGGCACAGGCACGCCAGCGAGCAGCGGCAGAGGGCGCUGGAGGCGGCGGCCAAGCAGGCCGCGUGGGCCGCCUGGUUGCUGCCGGAGUGGGCAUGGGUGCUGUUCGACGGCGGAGGGGGCGCAGUAGGCGCACCAGCGACGCCCAAGCCGCAGGGGCCCCCCGCCGACGCCCUGCCGGUGCCCGCGGGCCCCCCGCCGGCGAGGCAGCCCUACAGUCUCGGCAGGGGCGAGGAUCGGGCCCGGAGGCCCUGCCUGGGCGAGGCGUGGUGGCCCGAGCCGCUGCGGUCGUGGCCGGUGCAGGGCCUCGCGUGCGCCGCGCACCCCCUGGGGCGGAAGUGCAACUUUGCGCUCCACCGCGUCCUCGCGCCGGAGCCUGGGCGCGCGGACGCUGAGUGGUCCGCCCUCGCCGCCAGAUUGGCCCUCCUCCGCGGCGUGCUGGCGCGCAUGUCCGGCGACGACUUCCUGGACGGCGCGGGCCGGGAGCCGCUCCUCGGCGCGCGGCUGCUGUGGCACGGCACCCGCUCGGUCGACGGCCUCCUGGACAUCUGCAGCGACGGCUUUGACCGGGCCCGCGCCGCGACGUGCGCCUUCGGGCGGGGCUGCUACUUUGCCGCCUCCGCGGCCUACUCCGACAGGUACGCCUGCGGCGUGCGCGUCCCGGGCGACCCGCCGCAGCGGCGGCUGCGCGCGGUGCUGCUGGCGGCGGUCCUCGUGGGCGAGUUGGUGAAGGGGCAGCCCAACAUGUACCCGCCCCCGGUCAAGCCGCACUCGCGCACGGGGGAGCGCUACGAGAACGCGUGCGACAAGACGGAGAGCCCCGGCAUCAUCGUCACGUUCAGGGACGGACAGGCCAUGCCCGCCUACGUGUUGGUCUACGAGAUGGCGUCGUGA